AUGGUGACUGACUGGUUCUGGAGAGUGAGUGGGAAGAAGCCUAUUUUCCUGCUGAUGACUCAUCUGUUUCCAUCUCAUUCUCCCUUUCAGGCUAAUAAGCUGGAUUCUGAUGGUACCAUUACUGUAGAGGAGCAGAUUGUCCUUGUGCUGGAAGCUAAAGUACAGUGUGAACUCAACAUCACAGCUCAGCUCCAGGAAGGAGAAGGAAAUUGUUUGCCAGAAUGGGAUGGGCUCAUCUGUUGGCCCAGAGGAAGAGCAGGGAAAACAUUAGCUGUCCCAUGCCCUCCUUAUAUUUAUGAUUUUAAUCAUAAAGGAGUUGCUUUCCGACAUUGUAACCACAAUGGAACAUGGGAUUUUAUGUACAGUUCAAAUAAAACAUGGGUUAAUUAUUCAGAUUGCCUUCGCUUUCUGCAGCCAGAUCUCAGCACAGGAAAGUGCAAGAUUGCUGUUGUAAUGUUUAUUUACUUCUUGGCUACAAACUACUAUUGGAUCUUGGUGGAAGGUCUCUACCUGCAUAGUCUAAUCUUCGUGGCAUUCUUUCCUGACACCAAAUACCUGUGGAGCUUCACCUUGAUAGGCUGGGGGUUUCCAGCAGCAUUUGUUGCAGCCUGGGCUGUGACACGAGCCACUCUGGCUGAUGCAAGAUGCUGGGAGCUUAGUGCUGGCAACAUCAGAUGGAUUUAUCAAGCCCCAAUUUUAGCAGCUAUUGGGCUGAAUUUCAUUCUGUUUCUGAAUACAGUUAGAGUUCUGGCUACCAAAAUUUGGGAGACCAAUGCAGUUGGACAUGACACGAGAAAGCAAUACAGGAAACUGGCCAAAUCAACCCUGGUCCUGGUGCUGGUCUUUGGAGUGCAUUACAUCGUGUUCGUGUGCCUGCCCCACUCCUUCCGGGGGCUCGGCUGGGAGGUCCGGAUGCACUGUGAGCUGUUCUUCAACUCCUUUCAGGGUUUCUUUGUGUCCAUCAUCUACUGCUACUGCAAUGGAGAGGUUCAGUCAGAAGUGAAGAAGAUGUGGAGCCGGUGGAACCUCUCUGUCAACUGGAAAAGGACGCCUCCGUGCAGCGGCCACAGGUACGGCUCGGUGCUCACCACCCUGACCCACAGCACCAGCAGCCAGUCGCAGGUGGCAGCCAGCACUCGCCUGGUGCUCAUCUCCAGCAAAGCGACCAAGAUGGCCAGUCGGCAGCCUGACAGCCAUGUGACUUUACCCGGUUAUGUCUGGAAUAACUCGGAGCAGGACCGCCUGCCACACUUGAUCCAUGAGGAGACCAAGGAAGGUAACGGGAGCCAGGGAGAUGAGAUUCCCUUGGAGGAGUCUUCCAGACCGUUGGAAUUUAACCCAGACCCUGAAGGAAGCAAAAGAGAAACCGAGGAUGUUCUCUGAAUGAACAUCUUUAGCUCUAAAGAGCUGGUCCUUCGGGUUGUGUGAGAGAAGCUUAGCUGGUGUUCCUGGGCUUGAGCCCCUGAGCUGAAAAUUCAGGGUUCAAGUGUGACUUCCCAGAAGUUUUCAGACUCCAUAAACUGGUUUUAUGAAAAAAGAGACAUGUCAAUGGAAUAGUUUAUUACCUUAUUUUGGCAUCAAAUGCUCUUCUAAAUUGAUCUGUGAUACUUUGUGAUUGUUCAUUUUUCUGUGCUUUUGGGUGGAAAAACUUUCAAUUGCUUGGUUCUGGUUUUCCCCCAUAGAUAUUACUCUAAGUAUGCUGGAGACCAUUUAGCAUGUGUCAUUUCCCUUUUCAGAGAUUGGUGUUCUCCUUUUCUCUUUCUUUUUUUAAUGUAUGGUACUUCUAUUGUUGCAUAUGUUUUGCCUGUGCAUAGGAGCACUUAUGGGUUGAAAAUACAUGUUGAAAGAUUAAUCUAAGAACAAGCGCACACUGGAAAAUACGUUGGCUGGACUUUUGAUGAAAUAAUAAAUUUGUGGCAAACUUGUUUCUUUCUAGACACAAGGAAAGUUACUCAAGAAAGAAUAUUGUACAUAUUCAUCCUUUCAAAUGUCCCUUCUGUGACCAGCCAAAUCUCAGGUCUUUACUCCUUUGUAAAGCUUGCCAUGUCACAAGAUUUUCUCAGUCAUGCACUUGUGCCUGCAAACUGAUUUUGUUUGUAAUCAUUUUUAUCAAUAGUAAAACCCACUGUAUCUAUGCCUUUUUCUUCUUCUAUUACUACUUUCCAAAUGGCCUUGGGGAUAAAUUAAAAGUUUAUUUUAAAAAUGCA